AACGCAGCUGAGUGCUGGGGAAACGUGGAGGCAACGAUGGACCGCUAUCUGGAAAACAUCGACGGAACUACAAACUCUGCUUCUACGGGUCGUCAAGAUGAUCUAAAGCUGGUUGGUAGAAACCAGCAGAAGCUCAUGGCAGACGCGGCCGUUUUCGUUCCCCUGUUUCCCUACUGUCCAGACCCGCAGGCCUUGUUGCGUGCCGUCCGCACCAAGUACGGAGUCACGCCGACGACCAGCUGCGUCAACGCCGCUUUGACUGCGAUGAAUGGACUUGGCCAACACCGCGCAGUCGUGCAAAUGUUCUCCACCUUGAAGCACCGAAGCCGGGCAACAAGACACAUCACCCUGCAAGCCUGUCGGAAAAUUUUGUUGAAGCAAUCGCGCGCACUCGUGAUAGCAAAAAUGAUGACGGAGGCGGGCACAAAAGAACUCGAUGAGUUGUCAUCCAGUAGUUCUCUACUUGCCAAUUCGCU